AUGCCCAUGGAGUGCAGGCUGGGGAAGUUGCUCGUGUACGCGUCCAUCCUCGGUUGCCUGGAGUCCGGCCUCACCGUCGCAGGGCAACUCUCCUUGGGGCGGAAUCCGUUCCUGAACUUGAAAACUUUGGCAUCCACUGCCGUUGGCGCCGCAGGCACAGCUGAGAUACAGCGAAAAAGAGACACGCUAAUUGUCGAUGGUGGCCAGGUGGCACGGGCAAGUUCAGAUCCACUUUUGGUCUGCGCUGCACUCGAGCAGUGGAAGUGUGUCAAAGGAAACUGGAGGAGACGAAGGCUGUACUGUCAGGAGCUUGGCCUCUCAGAUGCCACACUCUCCGAAAUCGACAGCCUGCGGGAAACGUAUCGCCGACACCUUAUGAGUUCGGGACUAGUUCACGUCAUAGAACCAGGGCUCACGUCGAGCCCGAGUCGGCCAGCAUCCACUUGCACCAACGCUUCAGAGUCCAGUUGCGAUGCUGAGCGGACCCUCCUGAAGUGCUGCUUGGUGUCUGCGCUGUACCCGAACCUGGCUCAGAUUCAGAGGAGCACCAUCUCCACGGGUGGAGUGUCCCGCGGGGGCAGGGCUGGCCGAGGGGGUCGGGGAGGCAAAGUGGUCACCUCCUACGUGCUGCUGGACGAGAAGGUCGGGCUCGGCCGCGCGGCGUUCGCGCCGCCGGGCAGAGCGCACGGCGUCGGCCGCGCCGCCGCUGCUCCCGCUGCUGCUGCAGGAGGCCCCCGUCCGGGAUGCGCGUGGGUGCACCCAAGCUCGUGCAACGCGGCGUCAUCGAAGGAGAACGGCAGUGCGUGCAACGCAACCGCGCACGAGCCGUGGCUGCUGUAUUUCAAGAAGAUGAUGACGAGCAGCCUCUACCUGUUCGACACGACUCUGGUGGACUGCACGACGGUGCUCCUCUUCGGAGGGUUCGGCGGGGGCGCGGGCUUGCGACCGUCUCGAUGUACGGAAUUUGAAUCGUCAUUGCGAUCUUCAGUUCGUUUGAAGCGUUCCAGGAAGAGGACGAACGAGACUUCAACAAGCGCCCUCCUUUCUUGCCGUCUCACCCUGGAUGGCGUCUUUUUUGAUUGCGACGAACCAGAGACGGUGGUAUUGGUGCGCUGUUUGCGUGAAGAGGUAGACCGGUUGUUGGUCGACCGUCUGGACAACACACAGGUUCAGCAAGACAGCGGGAUCGUGUUCUCGUUAGUACGCCGUGCGGUCUUGCGGCUUCUGGGGGCUGUGGAUGAGGAGCAUGAACUUGACGAGGAGACCAACGAAGAUAAUGUGGGGUAG